AUGUCUUCAACCCCCUCUAUCGCCGAACUGCAAGCCUACUCUGAGGAGAUACAAGCCCUUUACAAGAAACUUCCUAACCUCCGCGACCUGCCCGACAACAAAGUCAACGAGACAGCCGCACUCGAACAGGACGUCAAGAACCUCGACUCCCUUGAAGACAAAGUAGACGCCUACGUCAAAGGGUUCCUUUAUAUCGGCGGACCGAAACCUCGACGACAGAAGCAACCAGUCACCACAUCAACCUAA